AUGGCGGCCAACAGUGCAGUGAUGAGGGCUCAGAAUCGAGCAAUCGCAAAGGUCAGCAUAAUACCUAUAAAUUAUAUUAUAGUACUGGGUAUGCUCUAUAAACUAAAUAUUUAACAACUAAAAACUAUACAGCUACAGGUAUAGGUACAGCUAGAUAGGUGUUCAGUGUUCACCUAUAGAGAUUUGGGUCGAUUUGUAAUAUGUACAAAAAAAAAAACAACAAAUUUAAACGGUAUUGUAAUGUUUGACAUCAUUUGUCUAUACAUUUGAAGUAUACGGGGGAAAAAAGAGUAUAGCAGUCCCUUAUUUUUCGUUUUGAGAUAAUCAUUCGAUUGUGCUUUGAGACUAUUAUUAUCGAAUGUUAAGUUCCGUUCGGUGAAAAAAAGUUUCAGUUAGAUAAUAUUGAAGGCAUAAUAUUGCUGUAGAUAAGUCUGCUGCACAAUGUUCCAAAUUGAAAUAGGUACCUAUUAUUUUUUCCUUGUUUCAUUCAUUUGAAAACUGAAUAGUAUACUCGUACAUAGGUGAGUGUAUAUUAAAACACUAGAUUCGUCAAAAGUCAUUUGUUCUAAUUUAAAAUUAUUUUUUUGGACCUAUAUUACGAGAGUGGGUAUAAUAACAGGUUUUUUUUUCGAUAAUUGACAAUCGGAUUAUUGACGAUCUCCCAGUCAACCCCAAAAACCUGUGUGGUAAUCCUCGAUGAAACAUUCAUUAUUUUGGAAAGUAUUAACAUUUUUCGGAAUUUUUUAUUUUUUGAAAAUUUAAGAAAUUAAAAUGUUGCACUUCCGUUUUUUUGUCACCUUUAUUUUGGGGGUAAAACCAUCCCCACUCCGCUGCCCACUUUUGAUUUUUAAAAUAGUAGUGGAGCAUUAUCAGUAGUACCCACUUUACUUUUCUUCUCUUACACAAUAAGAAGGAUACGUCUUCGUCAUAGCUUCACCGUGCACAGUAUCAGCUAUCAUCAUGCAUAUACCUAAUAUUGAUAUCCGGUCACAUUUUAAUCGUAUUCUACAGUAUUGGACUGUUACAAUAUCUUUGGUUACAAAGAAGAAGAGCUAAAGUUAAUUUUUUAAAAGUGUUAUGUAAUUUUAUUACCAUUUAUUUAUAGUCUAAAUCGCUUAAAUGUAUGUUAUAUAUUCUAAUACAUGUCAUACUGAAAAUUAAAAUAUCUGAAGUCACAAUGAUGUACUGGGAGAAAAGCAUAGUCAUAUAAUUAAAUGACUAGAGCCAUUUAGAACGUCUAUAUUUAGGUCAGUCCAUUUAGUAAUUUAGCCAUUUCGUAAUUAUGUCAUUGUGUUAUUUAGCAUUUUUUUUAAGUAUAAUUAGCUUGCACUGAAAAUAAUUCACAAUUGACAUGGGCCUUUCUUCCCUGGGAUUAAAGAUAUAAUAGUACCUACUUAGCUUAAAUUUAUUAUUAUAUUAUAGACAGGGGUGCAUCUAAAAGUUCUUGAGGGAGAAAAGAUGAUUACCUAAUCGAAAAUAAUAAAAUGGAUUUUUUACCGUGAUUAUUGAAAAAAGCUAGUAUUUUUUUUAAAUUUAAAGAGAGCCUCCGUGAUUACUUCAAUCAUCUUACUCCCUCGGAUCUACACCAUUAUUUCGUUGUAAAUCAUGAGAAGUAUGUAUUCUCCCAUGACCUGCAGUUUCCCUCUAAUGUUAAUGUCACUAUGUCACUACGUAGUAUUGCAUUAUAUUACCUAUAAAUUUAUAUAAAAUAAUAAAGGUAGAAUAUUUAGAGAUAUCCAUUGAUAAAUCAUUGGAAAACGAUCAUGGGCGAUGUUCGGUUAAUCGUGUUUUGAAAUUUCGUUAUUUUUAUAAUUUUCAUUAAAAUUUGAAAUUAAAAUGCUUGUAAAAAAAUAAACUACUUCAUUACGCACAAUUUAUAUUCCACUAUACAAGUAUAACUUAUGAUUGACUCCGUGUUAAAUUGUUAAGCAUUUCUGUUCGGCCCAAAACAAUUUUAGACUAAAAAAUUAGCUAUAAAAUAAGCUCAAAAAUGGAUAGAAUAUUUUUUAAAUUAGAGUCGGUCUAGAAAGGGCUAAUAUAGGUAUCUAUUUUGUGAAAAUGUCAGGUUUAUACGAUUAUUUUAAAUUGAAUUACAAUAAAAAAAUAAAAUCGAAAAUAAUCGAAACCGUUGUUGUGUAUAUUUUCUCAGUUUUCUUACGUUUUAGAUUCUGAGUGGAGCGAAGAAGCUAAUGGUUUUACAAAGAUGUUUAUUUUUAUUUUUUAUUUGUCCAGUGGACAACUUUUCUACCAGAGAUUUUGCUCCCAUUUGUAUGUAUAGCACCUUUUUAUUUCUGAAAGAAAUCGAUAUGGUGAAGUACUUUAAGGAGGACAUUUUUCGAUUUUUUCAAGAGUUAUCUCAUCAAAUACAAAAAACCGAAAAAAAACAACCGAGGAAAAACGGGAAAAUGUAAGAAAUUUAGGUAUUAACUAAAAAUAUUAUGGCCUUAUUUUUUCCUGGGGAAAAUUUUUCUAUCAGUAAUUUUGGUCCAACUUAUAAUGAUAACAAUUUUUCUAAAAGGAAAUUUUACUGGAGAGGUACAUUAGAGAUUAUUUUUCGAUUUUCUUAAGGUUUCUCAAAAAUUAUGAACCAAAAAAAACGUGAGAAAAACGGGAUCCAUUUUAAUUUUGGAAUUUUACCAUAAUAUGACAUAUAUAUUGUUGACAAAGCAGCACUAUCAACUGAACUUCGCUCAGAAUCGUUUUUUCGUUAGCAAUGGUUUAUCGUUGCUUACAGGUGUAUAUUAAAUGAUUUAUAACAGUGGCUGCACCCGACCCCAUUAUCCUAGGACGACUUUUUCCCUAAUAUAAUUAAGAAAAGUACAUGGGAAAUCAAAAAUGACAUCCUAAUACACCAAGUGAGCACAAUUUUCUUUGCGAGAAGAUAUUACGUUUAAAACGAACACAUUUUGUAGUAGACAAUUUGUUUACCGACGGGAAAUAAAAAAAACAGUAAAACCAAUAAUAUUCCUUCCUAUACUCACUCAGAAUCACAUAAAUAAUGUAACUAUUAUUAUUAUAAACAACAACAAUAAAAAAAAGAAAAACAAAAAAAUCAGCCUCGGUACAAAAUCAUUACCGCCACCGCGGUCGUUCAUAAAUUUCAUAAUAUGUAAAUAAUUUCUCCAAGUCACGUUUGAGUAGAAACCCUUUUUCUCCAUUAAUAUUUAACCAAAUUCGAUAAAUAAUAUAAAGGUGGGUAAUACCUAUACUUAUCUACCAUUUAAAAGAUUAAGUUCCCCGUUUCUGACCAUUUGUUAAUUCAUAAUAUUGCCACAUUGUAUUUUUGGACCGGAUUUUUGCGCGUCCGCGGCAAUAAGAAUGCAACGGAAAUCUGUUGCUGUAGGUAUGGUAAUAUGCAACUCCGUUAGUUUUGAUACGUUUACUGUCUAGUUUGGUUUUUAAAUGCCAAGUAUAUUCGUACCGGUACACUUGUGUAUAUAUAUAUAUAUAUAUAUGAUUGUGUAUUUCAAUAUUUGUUCGUAUAGAUGUAUACCAUAAAAUGCAAUGUACUCUUCUCCCCGUCCCCGCCUCAGUCGGAUUCCCCCGUGCUCUGAAGUCGUGUGUAACUGCGCGCAUAACGGUCUGCCCGAAAAUUAUUAUACCUACCGCUGCCGUUACCACUUCUAUAAGGAAUAUAGCAUAAUAACGCAAUAAAAACUACUAGAAAAUCUGUACACACCAAACUCGGUCGCGAAUGUAAGCGCGCGACCGCUGUACAAGUUGUAGUACAAAACCUCUUUAUUAUUAUACCUAUUAAAAUUGGCGUUUUUAUUUUGUACAGACACAUACGAGUAUAAAGAUGUAUAAGAGCGGGUAUACUAUAUAAAUAUAACAAAUAAUGAUAUCACGUACGAGGUGUGGAGUAGUACCGGGACCGUUCGAAUAAUUUCGCGCCAUCGGAGUGUCGGAGGAUUGAUAUCACUGCAGGCUUCUGUGAUUAUAUUUUCCUGAGCACAUCUGUUUCGUGUUAGAUACCAUAUUAUAAUCUUGUUAGUUUUAGUAUGGGUAAUAACCGUUGUUUUUGUAAAGUAUGUUUUUCGGGUGUCCAAAAUAAGAGCAUUUAUUUUUUUUUUCGUGGGUGGGCGGAGGGAAGAAGGUUUGGAGAAGAUUUUUCAAUCCGCUAUAUGAUGAUAGAAUGUCCAGUGCCGCAAUAGCUAUAAUUGGGUGCACCGGAACACGAACCCUUAACCCGAUUAUUCUUGUUUUAUUGGUCAUUUUGGUGUAUUUUAUUUCGCUUUAAAAAACAAUAAGUAAUAUACAAAUUAUCUAUAUGCCUUCUGAAAUUUAUUUCUGGCUAUGAUACUGCGUACAUACAUAAUAUUAUAACAACUGUACAGACGUUAAAUCUGAACUCAUCCGAUACAUCAAUAAAUAUUAUUCAAAUAAUAUUUUUGAUGUAUCUCAAAUACUCACCUAUUUAAUAUAUACUUAUUUUAAUGCGUAAAUUAAAAGUCAAACCUGUAAAACUUGCGAUAUCGCAGUAAAUAAACAAUAAUACAUAUAAUUAAUAUAAUCGUAUUUAUAAUGUAAUUUAUAUUAAUAUAAUUAAUAUAAAUUGAUAAAUAUUAUCUAGUUUGGAGACUUAUAGGUAUUAUUAUAUUAAAAAAAAAAAAAGCGGACCUAUACUUCGCACCAUAGAUGGUCUCUGUUUUUGGUGAAACGUUUUGAUUGUAGAAUACAAAUAAUCAUAGAAUUGUCUAAUUUUAUACCUGUGCGUAACGAUAAAUCAUUGGUAAUGAAAUUUAAUUUUGAGAAAAGUAUAGUUAUACACUUAUACGUAUUUGUUUUGAAAUAAUAUGUUAUUUACGAUUUUUGACAACAUUUUAACUCAAAAUGCUUAUAAAAAAAAAACCACUAAAUUAUACGAUCAUUUUUUUUUUUUAACGAUUUAAAAUGAACUAUAAUAUGUUAAAUUUUUAAACAUUUCUAUUUGGCCAUUACAACAAUUUCAUCCACAUAAAAUCAAGUAUAAAAAAGAAACGUCGAAAAUGUUAAAUGCUUAUAAAUAAUUCAAAAAUCGCCAGAAUAUUUAGGGAUUUUUAACACGUUUAGAAAAAGCUAAUAAUAAAACUUGUAUGUCUGUAAAUUUGCCAUUUUUUUCCAUGUUUUCUGCUUUUCCAAUUGUAACCUAUAAAAACUACAAGAAAAAUAAAAAAAAAUUCCAAAAUGCUACAAAAAAGCUUUUAUGUAGUUAAAAAAAUGCACUUAUUAUAUUGAAACAAUUACAUUUGGUCGCUGCGCUCAUAACUCUAAAAAAAAAUAUGUCAUAAUAUAAUCGUGGAUUCAGCAAAAUAUGUAUGUUUGUCAUUUUAUCCCCCCCUCCCGUUUCUGUGACUAUUACUACAUCAUUUGCCGUCGACCGGUUUGCAUCAAACUCUAUAAUAUAUAAGUUACUUAAUACCUAUAUAUAUAUGUAUGUAUAAAGUAUUCAAUUACGUGUAAUUUGAUAUAAUAAUGGCAAUAUGUGUCGAUAAUUUAUUUUCACAGGGAACCGAUCCGAAAGCGGCCACAUGUCGGGCAAAGUUACAGCGGGCCCGGUCCGCUCUGAACCGACAAAUGGACCGCGAGUUGCGGUUACGGGAGGGCGCGGAGAACUUAUUGCGGUGUGUAUUUUAUUUGUUUCUAUUAAACAAAAUUUUAUUAUAACUAAAUGCGUAUAACAAAAGACGUGUAUUGGCAAUGCUGCAGUUUUCGGUGUACGGUUUGCCGUUGUUUGCUAGGUACUUAUUACUUGGUUACAAUAUCGCUAAAAACGCUUUAUUUACUAUACAAUAUUUUACCAAUAGACAACCAUUAACCAGUUAUCGAAGAUGGUAAGCGUUGUUUUUAAUUGUUUGCUGAUUCCGGUUAUAUGGUUGUCGAAAACUGCAUUUAGUUUUCAAACGAUAUUUCAACACGCAAUUAUUAUAUAAUUAUCGCCAAAACAGUAUGUUUGUUAAACUGUAGUGCCUAGAACCAAGCCGAUCAAAUCUUUAUCGUCGAAAACACGUCCAAAAUUAUAAUAUUAUAGUAAUUUAAUAUUGUCGUCUAUUAUUAUACAGGGCUACCACCAAGGACGGCGGUGGUGGUGAUAGCGGCGGCGUCGGCGGCGUCGGUCGACACAAAAACAAAAAUCGAAAGCUCAUAAGGCAAACGGUGGCAUUGGAGCUCAGUUUCCUCGAGUCCAACGUUCGAUUGCUAGCCGACGAGUUGGCCGAGCUCAACGGUUCGGUGGACGUGUAUCAGCACCGGGACGACGAUGACGACGACCACGACGACGACGACGACGAUGACGCCGACGCGGAUAUAAAAAACUACAGCGGCAACGUCGUCUCAGCCAGAACGGACGGAGUGACGGCCAGCAGUCGGGGACAACGACGCCGCCGGCAGCAAAUGCCCAUGAUAGCCGUGCCGCUGAAAGACACGAGGCCCAUAGAUUUCGGUCCGCCGCUCGAGGUAAGCCGGUCGCGCUGGUAACUGAAAUAUUACAACUACAAUAGUAACGUUAUAAUAAUUAUGCGUGAUUUCGAGUGUAGCGGUUUAUUGGACAACACUAUGGAGUGGACUUGUCGGCAACACCGGGAGAGUCGGUCGAUGGCGAAGGUGCCUUUAGCGACGGUGAAAGCGACGGAAACUGUGGUAUACGUCGGCGACGUUCGUUGUCUUUACGCGAAGCUGUUGACGAACUGACGCAGCUUCGGCUGGUAAGUUUAAGACAUCAUGUAUCAUAAUAUUGCGUAUUAUAUGCGAGGGGGCUAGGCGAGUAUAAGCUUCCUCCUCAAACAAAACAUUUUCCCUCAAAUGGAUGUUGAAAUAAUAACCAAAAAUUUCCCAUGUCAGAUACGGUGUGAUCUGUCACAUGGGCUUUUGGUUUAUAAUGUUAAACUUCCUACAAUAGGUAGUCCUCUUUUUUUUUAUAUAUAUAUAUAUAGGUAUUACUUCAUACAUUAUUGUUUUUUAUUAUCCGUUCAGUUGUUUUAAAGGGUUUAAAACUUUAACAUUUAAAGUGUAUUAUACAAUUGGGUAUGCAACAAAAUUCCCACCAAAAACCAUGAUUUUUAUUUCUGCCAAAAUGUAAAAAGGUUUGAUUUUAGUUUCCACCAAAUCUAUUUCGAUGCAUAUUAUUAUUGUUUCAGAACUCCUUAAUAGUUAUAAUUAUGGUAAAUUUUAAUAUUUUAGAUUAUAAAAAAUAAAACUGUUUACCGCAUACGUUUUUAAAAAAUACGUUCUAGAAUGAUGGAGACAGGUGCAGCCACUGUUAUAGAUAAUUUAAUGUAUACCCAUAGGAAACGAUAAACCAAUGUUUACGAAAAAACGAUUCAGAGCGGAGUUCAGUUGAUAGUGAUGCUUUGUCAAUAAAAUAUAUGUCAUAUUAGAGUAAAAUAAUUAAAUAGGCUUUCUAUAUUUUUUUUAAUAUUUUUUUAUAUUGUACCGAUUUUCCCAGUUUUCAUACGUUUUUCCCGGUUUUCCUAUGUUUUAUCCCGUUUUUUUCAUAUUUGCCUGAAAAACUCUUGGGAAAAUUGACCUCUAUAAAGUAACUCUCUAAUGAAAUUUCUUUUAAGAAACAUUGCUAUCAUUAUAAGUUUGAGCAAAAUUGCUAAUUGAAAAGUUGUGUACAGAAAAAAAAAAAUCGCAAUUUAGUAAUAUAUUUCGUAUAUUAUCCCGUUUUUUUUGGUUUUUCAAAUUUGAUGAGAAAACUCUUGAGAAAAUUUAAAAAUUACUUUUCUAAAGUAUCUCCUCAGUCAGAUUUACUUUUAGAAACAUUGCUAUCAUUUUAAAUUGAAGUCAAAUUUCUGAUAGAAAAGUUGUUCAUAGGAAAAAAAUAUCGUAAUAUAUUUUAACAAUAAUACUUACAUUUCUUACAUUUUCCCAUUUUUCUUCCGUUUUUUUUCGGUUUUUCAAAUUUGAUGAGAAAACUUCUAAGAAAAUUGAAAAUUGACUUCUCUAUAAUAUCUCUCCACGCUUUCAGAAAAGCUGCUAAAAAAAUAAAUAACCAUCUUUGUAAAACUAUAAGCAUCUUCGCUCUACUCAGAAUCUGAAAGGACGUAACAAUUAUUAUUAUUAUUUUUUUUUAUUUUUGGUGCAUAAGAAACAAAAUAUUAUAUUUUUAACGUAAGUUUAGUAUUUAUAAAGGAAUCUACCACUAUUUAAAUUAACAAAUAGUAAUAAUAAUACUUCAAACCAACAACUAAUUUUGAAUGCGUGUAUGUAAUAAUAGUUGAUUAACUAGAAUAACUAGGAAUCCCUAUAAAAUUAAUUCAAUUUAUUUGAUCGUGUAUACAGAACUCAAAAUGAACAGUAAUGUUCAAUGAUCACGUAUCAAAAAAUUCAAUGUUAAAACUGUAUUAAUACAGGUAGACGCGUUGUCUCUAAUGUUUUUGUACAAUGCAUUAGAAUCAGUGGUUGGAUGACUGCUUAGCACCUAUGUAGGAAUUAUACUACUAAAUAAAAAUAUCAAUUUAAUAACAUGCACAGAUGAUAUUACAUUCAUUGGCAAACAUAAGAGGAGAAUAAGACAUUAGCAAAAUUACUUAUACGGAAAAGUAGACCAAUGCGGCUAAUGGUAAAUAAAGGCAAAAUAAAAAGCACAUAAUAUUAUCCCAGUAUUUCCAAAUUAUAUGAAAAUAACAUGGACAAUAAAAAAUUGACGUUCCUAACGACCCACUCAGAUAAAAUUCCCUUUCAGGAAAAGUGUUACAUUUGAAAAUCGGAGCAAAAUUUCUGGUAGAAAAGUUGUUCACAGAAAAUAAAAAAAAAAAAAAAACAACUUCAUUGUAAAACGUAUACACGCCUCGCUCCGCUCAGAAUCUAAAACAAUUUUUGGGAGUCAGUGAGAAUCGCCUUAAUUGAUGGUUCUUGGGUAACUAUUUAGUUCUCAAAUUAUAUUUAGGUAGAAAGAAAUACAUUUGGCGGAAAACAAUGACUUAAAAAAAAUAUACAUAAAUAUUACAGAUUAAAUUCUGUGUGUAAUUAUUCAUGCUGUAUGCUAAUUAGUACUUACGCGUAUUCACAGGACACCCAAACGCCCAGCCGAGACGCUGACGGCGUCCGACUUCUGCUCCGGUACUACCGACAGUUGUAUUACGUGGACCGUAGGUUUUUCCCGCCGUCUUCAACCGCGACAUUGAUGACGACAGCAUCACGGCAUUAUCAUCACAAUCGCCAGAAUCAGCAACAGGACUAUCAUUAUCGUCACAAUAAUAAGCAGCACCAGCACGCAGCUGUCACUGAUACGGCGGCGUCGUCGUCGUUUUCGUCUCCGCCACCGGCCAUCUAUUUCGAAUGGUACCUAAUUUAAACUUGCAUAAAAUACAAUAGUUAUACACAGGACCAUAUUAAAGAGGUUUUUCGGGGGCGGGGGGCAAUAGCCCUUCCCUGGUAUAUGUUAGGGGGCGUUAAAUUUUCACGGAGAAUAAAAAAAGUUUCAAGAGAUUAAUGUAACAUAAGACACUCAUUAUUUCGGAAAGUAUUAACUUUAUUUGCAAUUUGUUUUCUAGAAAAUUUAAAAAAAGCUGCUCUACAAUUGUUUAUUUAUGUUAUUUUUCGUUACCCUUAUUUUUGGGGGGUAAAACACUAUAUACUUUUAAUUUUUUAAUUGCAACAUAUAUUAAAAAUUACAUAAAUAGAUGGAGUAUUAAUUGAAAUAAAUUUUGGUGUUUAAGUUUUCGAUUUCCGUCAAUCCGUUGACGAGAUGUUCCACUUUUAAGUUUGGUUAGGAGGAGAGUAGUGGAAUAUCAUUUAUGUGGCGGUAUGGCGCGCGGCGUGUUAAUUAUGGUUAAUAAUGGGUGCCAAAAUCUUAAAUACAGUCCUGAUUAUACAUAUUUACAUAAUAUUACUCUGAAAUAAAUCAUAUAAUUGCUGCAGUUAUCGUGAUAUCGCAGUCAUAGUUUAUACGGAAAAGAAUCAUCGUUAAUCGAUGAGAUUCAUAUUAAUUAAUUUUGGAUAUAUUUCUUGGUUGUUAACAAAUUAUUAUAUUAGAUGGUUAAUGGCAGAAGAAAUUGCUUACGAAAAAACGAUUCAGAGCGGAGUUCAGUUGAUAGUGAUGCUUUGUCAACAAUAUAUAUAUAUAUGACAUAUUAUAGUAAAAUAAUGUAAUAGGCAUAUUAUAUAUUUUCUUUAAUAAUAUCUGUUUAAUAUAUUGACCCGAUUUUUUCAUUUUUCUUCGGGUUUGCUGGUAAAACUCUUGGGAAAAUCGAAAAAUGACCUCCUUUAAGUGCCUUUCCUUUCAAAAAAAAAGGCUAUCAUUGUAAAUCGGAGCAAAAUUGCUGGUAGAAAAGUUGUCUAUAGAUAAAAAAAAAUUCUAAAAGAAUAAAUAUCGUAUUUUCAAUACGACUUAGUCCCGUUUUUGUUGAAAAGGUACGAUUCGUUUGGCGGCCCCGUUCCAUCUUGCGGCCAACGUACUGUUCGUUUUGAGCAAGCAUGCGUUCUGUUCAAUGUGGCCGCCGUGCACACGCAGAUGGGCGCCAAACAUGACCGCCGAUGUAUCGGUGGCAUCAGGGACUAUGAUCAAGAGACUGCCGGUGGUGCCAGAAGAUCGACCGGUUCUCUGUACACAUCCACGGAAUCGGAGACGACAGACGGGGCCACGGUCGCUGCCCAGUGCUUCCUGCGGGCGGCCGGAGCCUAUCGGCACAUUGGCGACACGUUUGCCAAUGCGCCAGCCCGUGCCGCUGACUUGCGAGCUACCGGUGUCCUGUACGCUGUCAUGAUGGUAAAUAUUUGUAUAGUGAUAAAUAUAUAAAUAUGAUAAUACAAAAAAAAAAAAAUUACAGAUAUUUAGUUAGAAUAAUAAUAAUAAUAGUGAAAAAAAUAUUAAAUUAAUAAAUAAAAACUCCAGUUGAAAAAUAAUUUAUGGAUUUUAAAAGCGGGAUCCUCAUUAACAGGACGCUUAAGACCGUAGAGUGGGGAGUUUAGUGUAUAAUUAGAAGUGGAAAAUGGAUUAACAAAGAAACAAGUAAAUCUAGUAUUACGAGAUGGAACUUAAAAAUUGAUUUGGGAAAGAAGUGCAGGACAGUCGAUUAAAUUAGAUAAAAGUUUAGAUAGAAAUUAUAAGUUCGCAGAUCUCUUACGAUCAGCAAGGUUGGGUAAAUUUAAAGCUUUGCGAAUGGGUUCAUAAUUAUGUGGAAGACAAGGAACCUUUAAAAAGUAAGCAGAAAAUGACUGGAAUUUUCGUUUAAUCCUUUUAAUCGCUAUGGUAUAUAUAGAUGAAUGUGGGUGCCAAAGGAUGGAUUCAUAUUCCAGGAUAGGUCGGACUAAAGAGCAAUAAAGGAUUUUUAACGCACAAUCAAAUUUGAACUCGGAUUAAAUCCAUCGGAUGAAUCCAAGGAUUUUACAACAAAUCUCCUGAAUAUGCAAUUUGGGGGAAAGGUUUGAAGAAAAAUAAAAACCUAGGUCUCGAAUAAAGUUAGAAGAGGUAAUUGGAAUAUCAUGAAUGGUGUAAUCGACAAUAAUUAGAUUGCCGAUACGAAAGUAAGACAUCUAAAUACAUUUAGAGAUAUUAAGUGUCAACCCUAGAGAUUCAUCCCAGUAUACCAAUCGGUCAAGGUUAGAUUUAUAAUUUUUACAAAAAUCGUAUACAUUACGUUAGCAAUGAUUUAUCAUUGGUUACAGGUAUACAUUUAAAUAACUUUAUUGUACCCAUCCCGAUUUCCCACCUGCAACAAUGGUGAACCCGUCCCCAACAUCAGCUCUCUUUUUUAUGGUUGAAUUCUGUCGUAAUAAUUAUUAUAAUUUAACGCGGGGACUGUGUUCGUUCAAAGGCUCAAGCGUACGAGUGCAUUUUCGAGAAAUUGCAAUGGCGCCUCUCGGCUACCAUCCGACACCGUUGCCGUCUUUAUCAUAGCGGCGACGAAACCGAAGAAGGAGGUCGUCGACCGCAAAUUUCGAUCGAUUCCACCGUCGAAACGUCAUCGCAAAGUGGCGAGCGCCGUGGUCGCGGUGUACUCGAGCCUACGACGAGAUAUCGGCGAACAUCGGCGGCUACAACUUUGAGUGGCGGGAGCGGGAUGAACGACGUGACAACGCACACACCUUCAUGGACGGAGUUGGCCCGCGAGGCUGCCCACGUGAGUACUUACACGAUGCCGCACACUAUAGUUUUAUAUUUAGUGAAUUACGACCGGAAAAAAGUACCCAGACCGUAUGUAUUGGGCACCAACGGAGCACCGCAGAACAGUAGGAUUAAUAUCAUCGGCCUGAGCACAUAUGUUUAUGCUGGUUCUCUAUAACCUUCUUAGUUUAGAUGUAACGGAUGUUUUUUUUUUUUUUAAAUAUUUUUCCGUGUGUUGGUUUUCUAAUGAAUCCAAAUUAUGAGUAAUUUAACGAUCUUAUCGAGGAUUUUUUUUUUCCCAUUUUGAUAACUACGUUAAUAAUUGUGACAACAUAUUAAAAAAAUUAUUUUUUUGGUAUUUACCAUACCUGAACAUUCUUGGCAAACCUAAAUUUGAAUUUGUUUUCGAUCCUCGACAUUCGAUUUUCUCAACAUUUCUCAAACAAAUUUUACUGCCACUCGUCACAUUCUUUUCCUUCGCCUUCAUCCCAAAUAUUUGGGAUCGAACACCGAUUGACCCGAUUUUCUGCCUCGCAUAUACCGUACGUCUUUCUUCAUCAUUUUUAAUGAUGGAGGCGCGCACCUUUUAUUUGGUUUUUCUCUCCUUUUAUAUCUUUCUACAUUUAUUUUGAUUGCAAUUAUUUUUGCUUCGGUUUUUUCUCUUCCCGUGACAUGCCCAAAUCAUCUGACUGUUUCUCUCAUUUUGUCUACAAUCCAUGCCUAAUUUACUUUUUGUGUACUUAUUUUUUAUUUUUUUAUUGAAUUUACGCCUGGUAAUAAGAUUUUAACAUAGAUACGUUAAUACUUAAUAUAUAUAUAUAGAUAAACUUAAUAAAUUCUCUCCAACCUUCCCAAAAAGCUGUUUUUGGAUCCAUUUCAAAAUCGCAAAAACGCAUGAAAAUCAUAUUUUACAAAAACAGAUGUGAACUUUGACCAUAGAUGCCAGAGAUAUAAAUUUUAAUGUUUUUAGACGCAACGUUAGCGCACAAUUCAAACAGUCUCGGCACUUUUUGAUCACACUUCGUGUCUCUAUAAAACUAGCUAUAAUGUCGUUAUUGUUUUUUCUAAAGGUGUCGCGAAUGUACGCUGAAGUGGUGUACAGCAGCUGUAUCCCCGACGACAGUGGCCCACGGGGUGGAAAAGAAAACGGCGGCAUCGAGCAAGGUAGUGGCGGCACCGUGACUGUGCUGCCCGAUGUCUGGGUUUCCGUAUGCCGUAUCAAGGACAGACACUACGCCGCGCUGGCGUAUCGUUAUGCGGCGUGCGCCCUUCUUCCAUACUACCGCUGUUCUACCGACCACCGGCAUCACCGCCGGCACAGGGAUCGCUAUGCCGACGACGAAACUGAGGCCGACGAACUAUUGACGGAGUUGACGACCGCCACGGCGGCUGUGGGUUUGGAGCUAACCGACGACGACGAAACUACAUCGGCCACGGUGCGGCAGCAGCGGCGUUGCAAACAACUUGGUACUUAAAAAAAACCCUACAAUCUACACAUAGGGCCAGGUCACAGUCACCUAAAGGGAACGGGGACACGAAACUGUUAACCUGAUGAUUGUUUUGUUACCUUAAUGGAGACCCGAUGGAAAAAUCUAAUCUGCAUAUCCCGGCCAUUUAUAUUGAAUACCUACAAGAUAUCAUGACGCUAAAUAACACGGAGUGUUAUGUUGCUUUAGGUACUCUGUUGCUCGAGGCAGCGGCGGCGGCUCAUGAUCGGGCUGCUCGCGCACAACGUCUGUGCCGACAGCUCCGGACGAAAGCCGAGGGGAAUGCCGCUGGCGGCGGUGGAUUAUUGGCCGGCGCGUUGGACAGGGAACGGCAACGAACUGUACGGCUGUUGCUGUUGCACCGGCGUAACGACAAUGAAUAUGAUGGUACCGCCGGCGGCGGUGACGACGACACUCACUGUUGCUGUCGCCGUCGACGUUGCAGCGAUGACGGUCCGGCGGUGUCUGCGACAAAUAGCUGUCAUGACUGUUUUUCCGACGACGACGGUGUCGACGACACUGUGGCCGUAGACCACUGUUCAGGCAACGGUGACCAAGAGGAAUUUACCGUGACCGGGAUAGCCGGUAUUCCCGGUCUUGAUGUCGAUCGAGGUGUGCUCUUCAGACGUGAGUGUUGUCGAUAAUAUUUUAUCUUUUAUUUUUAUUUAAAAUCAACAAUGAAUAAACAUCAUUAAGCUGAGUUUAACAGAUCGAACUACUUUAAUAGUAUUUAUAACGCUAAUUGACAGUUUUUUUAAAAAAAAAAAAAAAAAAAGCCAACUUAUAAUAACACACAAGUCACAAAUUAAAAAAACAAAAGAAUGUUACAAUAAUAAUGUAUGAGAAAACUCUGGUAGAAACACUCAAAAUUAAAAUAAAACCGAUACAGUGAUAUCUUUUAGGGUCAGGAAUUGUGGACAAUUAAUGUUACCAUUCAAUAUAAUAUAUUCAUUUAUUAAAUCCAUAAAACAACAAAGAUAUUUUGUCCCCAUAAUGUUUUACUCGAUAAAAAAAAAAUAUAGUAUAAAUGAGUGAUAUCCAAAAAACCCCUCCGUCAAGUACGUGUAAAACCCUCACUAAGAAAAAAAAAAACUCAAGUUAGAAAAGUUGUGAUAUCAAAAAGGGGUUAAGUACCUAAUGUCUUAAAUUCAUUAGUAUAAAAAUUGUUUAGAAUUGUUUGCAUUUGACGAAAUGCGAUAAUUUAAAAGAAAUAAUUUAACUUAGCUUGGUGGCUACUCAUAGUAUGUACUUAAAUAUUGUUAUGGUAAUAUUAAUAAAUUAUUAUAUAAGAUUAUAAAAUGGGUAUGUAGAUAUUCAUGUUGGUAUUGUAGUCUUAAAUAUUAGUAGCCCCCAAGUUAAGUUAAAUUAUUUAUAUAAAUUAUCGCAUUUCAUAAAAUACAAACGGUUGUAAACAAUUUCUAUACUAAUGAAUUUAAGAUAUUACUUAGCCCCUUUCUGAUAUCACAACUUUUCUACCUUUAAUUUUAAUUUUUGUUUUCUUAUCGAGGGCUUUACAUGUAGUUAACGGAAGGUUUUUGUUAAAAUAUCUAUAUGCCACGAAUUAAAAUAGUAUUUCAAUUUGUGUUAAGUGUAUAAAUACAAUCAAAUUUGGUAAACAAUUUAUGAAACUAUAUUAAUGAACAUAGUUUCAUAAUGAAGGGUUCACGUGAAAUUCAUCCGCCUUUUUUGGUUUAGCUUAAAUAUUUUGACGUACCUGCUUAUACUUUCAUUUUGAAGAAUAUACCUACUAAAUAUAACGGGUUUUAACUGCAGUUUAGAGGUAGAAGACUACAUUAUUUUGUGUCGCCUCAUUUUAACAUUUGAAUACAGCCAAUUUGAGACCAAAAAUUUGCUGUAAUUUCAUAUUUUUUUUAGAAGGUCAAGUGUACAAAUUUUUUUUAUCAAAAUCGGAAUAAAACUGUAGAUUUAUAUAAAUUAACAAAUAGACUUUUAAGUUUAUAAUAAAUAAGAUUCUGAGUUUUUAUUCGGAACGUAAUAAUUUUAAUUGUGUAGCUCGGACAAAAUUUCGGUUAAUGGCAAUUGCACCAGAUUUCACGGACACGGGUGACGAUGACAACGAAACCAAUGACGGCACGACGACAGACCGACACCAUCAGAGGCGAGAACAGCCUAACGAGACCGCCGACCGGGAAGAACGCCGUGCCGACUUGUUCGCGGGGCUCGGUCCUGUAGCCGUGUUCUCGGCUCGGCACCGGUUCACGCGACCUCGAUGGGUCAAGGUGGUUUGCAGUGGCCGUCAUCAUCAUUCUGCAGGUGAUAUCGUGGCUGCUGUUGGUGCCGACGACGAAGACGACACUGCUUUGGAACCGAUACAACUCGUAGACAGGUGGUUUGGGUUCGAGCUGCGCAGUCACGGCGGUGGCACUGCAGCUGCAGUUCCACCAGCCACUGUGGGACAUGUCAGAUCCAAUUCCCAGGCACAAGUAUAAUAAUAAACUAUUCAUUUUUUUUCGAAUUACCGGCCUCGUUUUUGGCAUAGGUACCAGGUAUCUAACAGAGUUGUUUUUUCAGCACGCCGGUCUGAGACGAGGUGAUAUUGUGGUGGCGCUGAAACGAACUGGUGACAAUGGUAGCGUUGUGUUGGACGUCAGGUGGGACACAUGUCGCCGUGUAGCGGAGUUCAUUAUACAGCAUUGUCAACGGCGUCGACAGCAGAGUUCCAUUGAUUGCUGUAGCGUGGCCAUCCAGAUGAAAGUCGUCACACCGAUCACUGCAAUGAUGGCAUCUGAUGGAUACUCGGCAACCAGCACGACAGCCAUUGAUCCAAACAAGGUAUCUACCUAUACCUAUAGAUAUCCUAUACAAUUUUCAUUAGUAUUCGUUGAAAAUUAUUUUACAAUCUGCAACAUUGUGGUAUUUGUUAAUCAGAUACCAAACACUAUUUUAUUAUUUUUAAAUAUUUGUUAAGACUGGUAAAACCUUCUAUUUGUUCUAUUUGUUAAUGUUAUGUAAAACAGGUGUCUGCUGUAAACAGUGUUUCUUGUCAUAUCUUAUUUGUUUAAAAGCCAUUUUUACCACAGUGUUUUUUUUCCAAUUAGACAAAGUGGUCUGUAGACAAAUUUUCUGUAAUGUAAAAUGAAAUAAAGAGAAAGUGGAACAAUGUUUGAGGCAAAUGUUUACCAUAUUUUAACACCACUACUGUUAGUGAGGUAUGGGUCUAUGGGUAUGUGCAAGACUCAGUGUUGUAAAGAAUACUUUUUUUGUAAUGUAUUUAAGUACAAUUUUAAAUACUAUUUUUUUUCCAAUUACCUACUUAAAUGCUUAACUAUAUUAAUAAUACAAAUAUAGUUAUCUAAAUGCCAAAUCUGUAUCGACAGAUUUUGAAUUAUAAUUUUUUUUUAAAUCUAAAAUAUAAGUAAAGCUUUGUUUAGGGUUUUUUUUUAUCUACAUUUAAAUUAUUUAAAAUUUAUAUAAAAAUACAAUAAAACCCAGAACACAUUCACUGCUAGGUUAACAUAAUAACUGAUUAACCAGAGGCGUAGUUAGAAAUAUUCUUCUGGGUAAGCUAGAUAAAAUAAUAUAAAUGUUUAUAAUCACUAUAUUUGAUUACUAAUAAAAAUGUUUGAUGUUAAAAUAUUGUGUUAAUUUAAUAAUGUCAUGGACUGUCGACAGGGUACCUACAUACUUAUAUUAUGAUUUUGGUCAUUAUCCUAUAUUUUAAUGACAGUUUCAAAAUAAUUUAAAUUGAAAAGUCAGAAAAAGUAUUGAAGGUAAUUAUUUAAUACUCCAGUAUUUAAUAUUGUAAAAAGUAUUUAAAAUGUACUCAAAUAUUUUACAAAACUAGUGCAAGUGCAACAUAAAACUUUUUUUCUAAUAAUUACACUCAUAAUUUGGUCCCAUUCUAUUAGGGUAGGUAUACUUGAUGUUACAUGUGUUAUAUAAUUAUUUUAAACAUUUUGAUAUAGUUUGACUAUUGUCUCAGAAGAACUCAAAAAAUUUCAAAAAAUAUAUAUUGUAAUUAUUUAUUUAACUUACAAUUUUAUGUAUUAUUGUGUUCUGUAGAUGUAUCCUCGGAGGAGAACACCAGCAGUGGUGAUGAAUUUAUCUGGGUCACCACCAUUGCCACCUCAGCUUUUGCCACAGCUUACCACCAAACAAAGACGACAAAGGCGACCUAGUGCAAAUGGAGACAAUGAAGGAUUGGACACUACCAACAAGAUAAACACAUGGUUGUGGAAUCCAUUUAGAAGACGGCACAGAAGUGUGGUUGGCAAUAAAUGUUAAUUAUUAUGACCAAUCAUGUACAUUGUACAUCGUUCACAAAUAAUUUGUUAUUAAAUUGUAGCAGACAGUACAAUUUACAACUUUAUGUAAAUAAUAAAUGAAAACAUAAAUGUUUACUUUUUUUUUGUGUUUUUAUUAAUAUGUUGCCCUUAAAAUUAAAUGUUGCUCUUAAAAUUAAAAGUUGCCUUAUAAUUAAUGUUGCUCUUAAAAUUAAAAGUUGCCUUAUAAUUAAUGUUGCUCUUAAAAUUAAAAGUUACCUUAUAAUUAAUGUUGCUUUUAUAAUUAAUAUAUUUCCUUAAAUUUAAUUCUUAUUAUUAAACUCUCAUUUGAUUAUGAGGGUUGCUUAAAAUACUAAUUCGUUCAGUUCCUUAUAUUUUUAACAGUACUCAGUAAUUGAUGUAAAGUUUACAAUACUGUAAAUUGUUCUAUGCAUUGAAAUGUGCACAUUUAAGUAUGUUUGGUAUAUUUAAAUUAAUAGUUUUUAUAACUUGCAAAGAAUUUUAAUU